AUGAAUGAGGCCCCACUGAGGGAGGAAGUCAACCUGCUCUCAAGACUGAUCUACUCCAACAAAAACCAGCACCACUCAUCAAUCUGGUUCAGACGCGCAACUGAAGUCAAGAGAUGGUCAACCAAACUACUAGCCAAACUUCAACAGCCACCAGCUGGCUUCCUUGAUCAGGUCAGACUCCUCUCCUGCUUUUCUCAAUCCUUGAGAUCAUUCAUCCUGACAGGCUUCCUUUGGAUCCAGUUUGAGUUCCGGCUAUUGAGGGCGUAUGAGUAA